GUUGAAGUCGUCGAUGGUCUGGGACUGAUUAGUAAGCUAUAGAUACUCAACAAGGAUAGAGAAAUUGUUAGGUCGAGACACUGACUUGUCUUCACAUAAAUUCGACUUUAAAAUGUUUUAUUCAAAUUCAUGGACCAAGUGCUUGAUAUGCCUUAUCUUUAUAACAAGUGGAGAUUCUGAAUGUCCCAAACCUCAAGUGGAGGCAAAUCAAAAUGUCUUUCUAACGAAUGAUGCGCUCCUAAAGAACGAUUUUCCGGAGGGCUCGGAAGUCACGUUUCAAUGUGCCAACGGCUACAUGAAAGAGCAAGGAUCUGAAAGCAUCACCUGCACGAGUGGAGAGUGGAGCACCCUGGAAUUAAUCUGCAAAAAAAAGGACUGCGGUGCACCCAAGGAGAUGCCACAUUUGACAUAUGAGUUUGAUAAGGGAGGGACGCUUUUUGGUGCUUCAGCAAGAGCAAUUUGUGAUAAAGGCUAUCAAGUUCAGGGAUCAAGUUACAGGCAGUGUUAUGCCACAGGUUGGAGUGGAAGAUCAAGAUGUGAAGUGGUAACUUGUGAAGAACCUAUUGAUAUAAUGAAUGGCAUGAUCUCAGAGAAGCCUGACAAACAGUUUCCAGAGUAUGGGGAUGUCAUACAGUAUUCCUGUCAUGAAGGUUACACCCUCAUUGGAAACAAAUCCAUUGAGUGCGAUGAAGAUGGUGAAUAUAACUCAUUCUGUCCUGAAUGCAAAGAUGUCAAUGACAUUCCUUUGAAACCAACAACCAUAUCAGCAUCAAUAACAUCGACUGUUCCACCCACAAUACAAGUUUCAGGGACGCAUCAUAGCAUUGGUGAACAUGACACCAACACAGCUACAAAUGUCAAUGACAUUCCUUUGAAACCAAUAACAACAUCGACUGUUCCACCAACAAUACAAGAUUUUUCCAGCUCACAUGCAGCAGUCGUGGGAAGUGUGAUCGGCUUCGUCAUAGUUACACUUAUUGUGCUGUUCGUAUAUCGUUUUCAGAAGAUGAAAGGCUCCUACCAGACAGGAGAAGACUCAAGAAGAAAAGAGGAGUUAUUACAAUUUCAAAAUGACUAAGUUGAAUGCCUACCCAAGGGCUAGGACUGCUCCUGUCUGCAUCUGUGUCCUUGAAAAGAAGUGCCCAGCAAUUGUCUCAGACCAUUCCCUGGUUGAACAAAGCCACUUAAUUUACAGUGCCUUUACGUAUGUGACAUUACUGAAUGAAAGUUAUAAUUGUACUUUUGUUAUGAAGAUGUAAAUAUUUUUUGAAUGUAAAUGUUUUAACCCAAUGUUUGAAGACUAAUAUUUAAAUAUUUUAUGUAUUUGUAUUCAAA